GGAUAAUAAUUUUGUAUCCUGCUGUAGAAAGUUUUCCCACUUGUGUUUUUCUCUUUCCUCUUCGUUCCCUUGCUUUCGUACCACUACCACUAUUCCCACCCCAUACAACGCAUUCGUAUACAUACUUUUCCCUUUUAUUUUCUUCACUGUGCUUUAACUUUCCUUCAUUGUUAUUUUCACGUUGUGUGAGUGCUGUUUCUUCUUCUCCCUUUUCUGUUUCUCUCUCGUUGCUUCGCGCAAGAAGAAUAAUUGAAAGAGCUAAAAAAAACCCUCUUUUGCACCGCCAGCAAAGCUUUUUCUUUUGCAAACAAAAUCCCCACAAACCAUCAAUCUCUAUCUAUCUGUCAUCAUGUCUCGCCGUGAAAGCUGCGUCUGGCACCCGAUGCCCGACGAGGUGCGCCGCUCGUCUGUGCAGUCCCGCCGCGCCUCCCUCGCCGCCGGCCGCCGUAAAAGCACGAAUACGAACGAGCCCGAUUGGGAGGUGGAGGCCCCGCCGACGCCGCCGCACGACGACUACACCCCACGCAACGGCGAGGCCGCCGCGGCUGCCGCGGGUAGCGCUGGUGCUGUUGCCGCUGCUGCCACGCAAGACAAGGACCACACCCCGGUAGAGAACGAGAAUGCCGCCGGCGCUGCCGCCGAGGACCGCGAGGCCGCCGUGUCCGUCAAGUCGGAGGAGCCGACGGAGCCGUCAGAGGGGGAAUGUGCCCUGCAGGGCGGCGCGCAGGAGGAUGCCGAGGCGAGCGGCCGUGGCCGCACCCGUCACAUCGUUCGCUUCCACGGUGAUAAGUGGGCGAAGGUGCUGCGCAAGAAGCGCUCCGAGAUCGAGGCGGCCUUCCUGGAGGAUAUCAAGGACUCCGCCAACGUCGAGGCAGAGGAGGCGAAGCGCGUGAAGAUCAAGAUGCACGAGUGCAUGGAGGUGACCUUUGUGCUGUACAGCGAGAGCCGUGCACGACAGAAGAAGAUCCACGCCGCUCUGCAGAAGUACAACUUCCCCAAGACCUGCCGCAUCUACACAACUUUCCAGGCGUAG